GUAGCACAGCGCUCAAUGAGGUGUGAAGGGCAUGAUGAAAAAUAUUUGAUUUAUUACAAAGACUUAUUUAGUUUUGCUUAGCCAUUGUUCACAUCUUGAUCAUUGUCAACGGCAAACAUAAGCCAGCAUAUAAAGCCCUGACGUUUAUUAAAAUCCCAUAAACCGAAAGUAAGUGAAUACGUAAAGAUUGAAAAUCGCCACUGACAAGUCGGCGGUGAGGAUACGUGCCGAGAUGUCCGUUUGGGUCGCGCCGCCACUCUUGGAAAAACCAAGCAGUCCCCUAAAUAUAAGUCAGGAGGUCUUAAGAAGCGUUCUGUACGGCAAGUGGUGCAACGUAUUUGGUGGCCAAAAAGAACUUACCUUUAAAUCCGGCGUUUUGGAUAAAAUGGACUACAACUCUGAUGAAGGUAAAUUUUAAUUUUCCCUUAUUACAAUGAAUGAUAUUCAGUUUAAAAACAAAGUAUGCAUUGGGAAACACGGCGAAGAUUAAACUACCUCGCGUGCUUUCAGGCACUCCAGAGUUUUGAGCAAUAAGAAAUUAUGUAAUUACUCGCUUUUAAGCGCUGUGUUUAGUUACAGGAAUUUAACAUUGUCGUUUUAUUUCCCGUGUUUCAUUGCUUAGGAAAAAAAACGGUCAAAGGGAUUGUGAAGUGUUUCGUGUUACGUAUUCUUUUGGAAUUUAACUAAGGAAUGCCAUUAAAUUUUAACGACUUAGGGAAGUUUAUAGUCUCUGGUUUAUUUUAAUGAGCAGAAUUUGGGUUUAUUAAACGCAGAUCUUUUUUUGUCCAUUCUCUCGUAAAGAAUUACUCAAGUAACAUGUUUCGCUGACUAUUUCGCUUUCAAUAGUCUUAGAAACUCGAAGAUUUCGAAUUACUGAAAAUACCGUGCGGUAAAUUGCAAAAUCGCGUGAGGUUUCUUUCGCUUUUAGAUUUUUGUCGGUUAAGGAAAACAUUGCUACCAACCGCGGGGAAUUGAAAAUUUUGAUUUAUCGUAUUAUUCUGCCGUGUAACUCGUACUUGCUCUCAAGGUCCAUAACGAGCGUCUGUACAGGUAGUUUGAGGAAUAACACUAGAGUCUUCAGAUUCGCGCGCUUGAUCUCAUCCUCAACUUCGUCAGUUUUACUUAAUGUUUUCAAAACGCCCUCUGCAGUUUCCGGCUGUCUAGUGAAACGGUCAUUAAGGUAUGAUCUACCAGCAAACAAAAUUUCAGAAAUGGAGGCAAAAGCGCUUCCUUCUUUCAAUUGUAAUUUUUGGACGAUAAUAAGGUUUAAAUACCCAAUUUGCUUUAGGCAGGUGGAUUCGCUUAAAAUGAAUAUGUAUGCGAACUCGGAAAUUUAACUAAAAGCACUUAAUUCGUACCAGUUUUGUAAACGUGUAGUUUUCGCAGACUUUUAAGCUCUUUGUGCAAAGUUCAUUCCUUAUCUCUUGAUGUUUUUCAGGAGAUCGCAAUGAGGUCAGAUAUCUAUGGUAAUAUUUUCUCUCAAUUCUCCCUCGGGAAGUGAUUGUAGGCGCCUUAAAAAAAAAAAUGUACUCUCAUUGAAAUCCUUGAGUGCGACGUGACGGAAACUAUAAUAGAAUAUAAGGGAGGAAAAGAAAUAUGUUUAAUCUAGUCUAAUUUCGAAUUUGCUUUUCGAGAGAAAUUAACAUGUUUGGACAUUUUUUAUCAUAUAAUUAAUGUCUUCUAGUUAGCAUUAGAGAAAGAUUAGCAUAUCAAAGAACAGUAACAUGAUGGAGUAACAAUACAACCAGGACAGUCAAACUCAAACUGAAAUCAAUGAAUACGGGCAAGUGCGUUUUCUACAACAACUCGAAAAGCGGAGGCCACGUGACUCGUAGGCAUCAUCAUCCUCGCCCACAUUACAAACAUCGCGGCUUUUUUGUGAAAUUAAAAAAUGUAACCAAGCUUUGAAAUAAAGUCGGUGAACUGGCUUGUUGUCAUAAAACAAGCUUCCGUGGUCUGUUAAUUCAAAUGCGUGUGCCGUAUUGUUCGACACUCUUUACUUUUACAUUGUUUAUGAAAUUUUACCAAUACCCAAAUAAAAAGCUAUUAUGGGAGAAGUGUUCAGUAAUGAAAAUUCGCGAAGCAUAUAUCCUUCCGAGUCAUAUCUACACUUCCGCAAUCAAGUCCAAAUUUACUUCUCUGGUUUGUGUUUCACACUGUGUGUUCCAUCAAUGGCGAUUGUUUGUGACUGAUAAGGCCCCUGUAGCAUAACAAUUCGUUAGAGAUUAAUGCGACGCAUAAACCCUCCUUUUUUACCUGCUUAUCACAGUGUAUUUAGCACGUUCCUUGGGUUUACUUUAAUUCAAGAUCAUAAAGAUUAGUAGAGAUCGCAAAGCAGGUGCUACAAGCGAAGGUCGCAUGAAUAAACCUCAUCACAACUAAAUUCAUUACUGGAAGAGAAUAAAACCGAACUCGUUUCGCUGUAAUUUUUGGCACGUUAUCCUUUUAAGAAUGUUUCACUCAUUUUAUCGAUGUUUUUCUGACCUAGUUUUACAAACCUGCCUUUCAGAUUUUUUUCCCAGCGGUGGAAUAAAACGUUAUAAAUAAUUGAUUGUAAACGACUUCUGUUUGUCGCGAUUGAAAACUACAGGAGAGAAUAGCGUUUGGGCUUUCAUCCGCUCGGGAAAUUGAUGCUUUUCAAUUCUUUUCUUUUUAUGUCGUUUUUAAACAAAUUCUUCAAAUUUGUAAAAUUUUAACCAACUUUCCGCUGGGAAUUUACUAAAUCUUUUGACUUCCAACAGAUAUGAUUCUUCCACAUUUUACUCAUUUAGUUAGAAAACUAGGUGUCUAGACUGCAAUCCAGUUAUCUCAACUGCAAAAAUCAAUUGUACAUAGUGCAGAGAAAAGCCGCUAGAACUGAUAACUGAAUUUUUUUUUCCUCGCGGUGAUUUUUUUCGUUCUUUUUAUUUCCAAGAUCCUGACGCUGGGUACAUGAGCAGCAUUAAACGUGUAGGAUCUACAGCUUUAGUCCCGGUUCUAAGCAACGACAACGCCAAAACUAAACAACUUUGUGUGGAGAACGACUCUUACUAUAUGGCAUUUGUGUCUCUUCCGGAGCAAGUCACUAUUGCGCCAUCCUCAAUUCCGGGUGUUCAACUUGGUGUGUUUAGUACCUGCUGGAUCAAAGAGGGCACACAGAUGGGACCCUAUACAGGCCGUAUUGUCAAAGUCGAAGAGCUGAGCUCUGAUGUUGAUAAUAGUCUCAUGUGGGAGGUGAGUGGCUUAUUCGACAUUGGUAAAUAACGUUAUGAUGCUCGAGUGUUAUCGUGUUUGAAAUUGCGUUAUGAUGCGGGUUCAACGUUAUCGUGUUCAAAAUCUGAGCGCACUGUGAGAUAUUUAGCCUUAGAACCUCGGGCAUCCGAUAAUAAAGUCCUUGAAAUAAGUCAAGGCAUAGCUGUGUUUUUACUUCUAUUCAGUUUUAAAUUUUCCCUUGAUCAAAAUCCUCACUAUUUAUGAUUGGCGAAUUCAAAAUAUUAAACACCUUUAUGAAAAUAAAAUGCUAAUUUUUGUUUUUAAGUUCUCACUGAUCACUUAGAUUAACAUGUUUCGGCGCAAUGUAAAAUUUCUAAUGUCGUGUUCUUUAUUGAUUCAGUGAAUAUUAAAGAGUUUCUCUGUCCCCAUUUUUACAAAGAGCAUUUCAUGUGAUUCAAACUGAUGCUGUAUGUUAGCCUGAGGUUUAAAACUAUAUUGUGUCAUUCAAGUAAGCCCGAGGAAAAAUCGUUUAAGAUAAGGUUAAAAACACCAUUACAAUUGUGCAGAGUGUUAGCAUAGAGUGCAAAAACCAUAAAGAAAUGAAAAAACAAACACUUUUCGGUUGUUUUCUUCUUUUGAGACAUGCCCACCGCGGCAUGGAAAAUUUUCAACAUUAGACUGUCGUAUUCGAAAUAAACGAAUUUAACUCCGAAAGCGAUAAAUUCCGAAAUUUUAUUUGGUAAUCUAUCCGUGAUUUGGUCUUUGUUUGUACAGUACACAAGUCACUCGAGAGCCUCUUUGAAUUAAGAACAAACCCGAACUCUCAAUAAAUAUAUUUGCGUUCCCAAAGUCGACCAAAUUUCUCGCAUUCAUUGUUUGUUUUUUCCAAGAUCUAAGAGUAAAGAAUGAAUGAAUUGAAAUGCCCUUUACUCAGUGAAGAAUCAUUUGGAAAACGUUUUGAAUAUUCUGACCAUACAAAGUCGAUGAAACUUAUUUCUUCUUUGAACAUAUCGCUUUUAAAAAUACCAACCUAAGUGAAUGGUGUUGUUUGAAAUCUGCUUCAAAACAGGUUCUUAAUGAAGACGGAACGGUUAGUCACUUUCUCGACGCGAAAGACGAAAAUCCGCGUAAUUGGAUGGGCUUUGUGAACUGCGCUAGGAACGAACAAGAACAGAACUUAGACGUAUUUCAAUACGGUGGUAAUAUUUAUUACCGCGCGGUCAAAGACAUCCCUCCAGAUCAGGAACUGCUGGUUUGGUAUGGCGGCACUUACGUUCAAUUCCUCGGGAUCCCGGGAAUUGCGCCGGUGAACGACUUCGUGCGAAGAAAAAGGAGAGGACCUGAGGAAGAAGAAGAAGAACCAGAGCCUUCUCAGCUACACGGUUAGUACUGAGUCUGGAAUUAACUCUUGCUCGCGUAAACUUAGCACUGAGCAGCUUAUAACAUGAUAUUGCUUGUCGAGCAGAAACCACGACAUCUCACGCAAAUUUGAAAUGUGAGUUGCACUUGUAAGAAAAGAUUCAAAAGUACAUUGUCUCUUUAUUGUGCCGCAUCGGAAAUCAGUUCGACCAAGGUGAUGUACAGCCUACAUUACACACACUAACACACAGUGUUUUGCUUCAAGACUUGAAAAUAAUACCUCGACCUUCUUCUUUGAAAUUUGUAGUAUUCUGAUUGAAAAUCAUGCUUCCUGUUUUACCCUCUUCUCCUUCACCAAAAAUCAACAGUUUAAGUUACUCAAAGUUUUCAUAUGUACACCGUGUCUCAAAAGUGUUUGCAUUUCGCCGACUUGUACCUUCGUUGCAAAAUACUCCAGUGUUCGAAAAAGAAAAAGAAAAAAAAGACUUUCGUUUCAAUUCCCAAUGCGCAUAGGAGUUGUUGUCAACACCUGCAAAAGUGCUUUAUAAAAUGGAAUAAAAAUGUAAGUUUUAAUAUUUUUAGCCGCGAUGAAUUUGUUAAAUUUACAAGCCGACUUAACAAAAUACAGGAACUGCACAAACAAAUCUUCUUAUUUUUUCAUUUUUUUCAAAUACUUCUAUGAAAAGGCUUUAAAAAAAUUAUAUUUACUGCCAGCAAUAAAUGUUUUGAUUCCAAAAUUUUUUGUCGAGGAAUACUUUGAAUAUUUACGGGGUAUAAUAACAUAAAGUAAAUCAUGAUGUAUGUAUGUUUAUACUGGCAGUAAAAAACCUUGCUGUGCCAUCGAGUUUGUUAUUUUUUUCACCGGAACUGAAUUCAAUUCUUCAUCACGGUUUUGUGCAAGUUUAUUAUCUACAUUAGUAUACUGUUGUUAUUGAGAUGUUUCGUUGGAGUGUUGUGUGUUUCCACUGCUAACGACGCUGAGAAUUACAUUUGUGACAAGCAAAGAAGAGAAUUCAUAACAUCUCGUGUUCAGUCGUCGCAUCGAUCUGCUAAUCCCUUUUAAACCUAGAAAUAUGCGACUAAAACAAACUGCGCUCGGAUUUAACAGCUAUCUUUUAUACUCAAGGAAAGGAGUGAGUGUUGUGAAAUUUGCAUUUCCAAACGUGUGGAUCCGGAGUUAAUCAAUCCAAUAAAUAUUAAAACAGGGUGGUGGGUGAUAAAACUUCGGCUCAGUGUUUGGUAUUCAGCCUUUCUUAAGACAGAUAUUAUCAUUUACAAAUUACGAAGCAAGGUCGUUGGCGCCCGGCGCUUUUUAUAAUGAGCCUAUCUAUGGGGUGUAGCUAUUUUGGAGACGUUCAAUUAAAAGAAAACCGGCUAGGCUGAGGCGUCAGGAGAGAACAAUGCUAAAACUUGUUUAAGUCUGUCGAAGGAAUCCACAGGAAAAGUGGAAUUAAUUUUAAAAAAAGGGUUCGAUUAUCUUUUAUAAAUUUCGAUGUUUACCAGCAAAUUGCGCGUUCCCUUUUCCGCUUAAUCAUUGCCUUAGAUGGCUUAGUACCCACAAAACUGAUUACUGGUCGAGAUAAAUAUAGUAAUUAUUCGGGAGUUAAGUCUCGAGCUAACAUCAUCUCCUUGAUGCUCUCUGAUGUACAUCUAAUGGAAAAGUGCAAAUUACAGCUUCAUAACCCCCACUUGUGCCCUUCCAACUGCGCAUAUUUUCCUUCCGGAAACAAAAUUUCGAAACUUCUAUCUUGUAAACAUUACUGCGGGAAACUCAGUUGUUAUUACUGAUUUAUUUUUCCCGAUGUAGCCCAAAGCGAUUUUUAAAACUCGAAAAUUGGGUCUACCCACUGAUUCAGAGUACACGCCACCAUUAGACAGAAAAAUUUUCUUUACCCCGAUAGCCAAAGUAAAUUUGCUCAUGCAGUUUAUUUUAAAGAGAAUCGAAAAUAGAUUGUAUUACUGCUGAUCUGGGAGUGAAAACAGUAUGCUGAAAUUGAGACAGCUGGAUUUCGAUUAAUUUAGCAGGCUUUCAAGAAAAAUCAAUUAGGACGCUUGGGUAUAAAAUUAAUAAUGGAUUAACUGUAAUGAUUUGUAAACGGUUCCAAUUCGGCAUGUUUAAAAGUGUUCAAUUAAAGGGAAGUUUAUUUAAACGAAGUGGUUUAAUAAAAAGAGCUUUAGCAAACAGAAAGGAGGGGCAUAUAUAGUAUUAAAAAAAGACCUUUCGCCUGGUCGUCGCCUGAGUUUGUAGAUUUUUUUAUGAAGUGUUUUACUUUUCUAAUAAAGUUCACCGUAUUUUAUCGAUUGCUGCAAAACUUAAAACACACAGACAGAUUUUUUAAGGACGAAAGGUAAAACAGCGAAUCGUAAACACUGACAAGCAAUGUUAAUUACGCUUCGUUCGAGCCAACGUUUUCUUUUCUCUUUUCUUGUCUCUGGCGCUAAUGAAAGAGGAACAGGUGAUUUUGGUGAUAUCUGUAAAUCGGUUCCUUUGUAUUCUGAUAACAUCACACUAGUUUUGUUGAAAUUCUAUCUCGCUUGAAUGGCUUACUACUCGAAAAAAACUGAAGGUGAUGGAAAGGGCAUUGUGAAGCCAAUAUUUCAUUUUUUUACCCUUGAGCAAUUUGCGUUUUUUUCUUUUUUAUUCACCAUUGUGGAACUGCGCAUUCAUUUUAGUUCCCUCGUUUACUGUAACAAAUCACGCAAAAUGCGUCAAGAUUUAGUAAAUCGGGUCCUUUUUUAAUUUCUCGGGGUGUUUUUCUGUUUAAUCUAGUUUUAAUUUAGUCAGUAUUUUGCGAAAACUUUAAAGUACACCAACAAUGGCACAAUGCGCUCGGCAACUUUUACUUAUUUCAUUUAACGCAAGAUUUAGCGGCACUCACUUAGGAGUGUGUCUGCUGAUUAUUAUUUCUUGCUGCGUAGAUGUGAUUUCUAAUUACAUCAGCAUUUCUUGAGUUUCGAAAUAAAUGUGGUGGGUCGGAACCACAGGUAAUUAGGAGUUUUAAAUUGGUUUUAUUGGGUUCGUCACCUGGUUUUGAAAACAGCUUUAUUUUUUCUCUUUUAUUUCUUCUCCCAUAAUUGUAAAGAAGCGUUUAUGAUGAAUGCACGUAUCACAUAUCAUGAAUCAACAAUGUCAUUUUUUUCCACGCUGAGGCUUUUGCGUUAAUCAAAAAUCACUUAUUUGCCCCCUGGGUCAUGGAAUAUGAGCUGUAUAUGAAUUUUAAGUUUACUUGCUCUAAUGCCAAUGUCGAAUCCAAGUUUGAAAUAACCACGCCCUGCAUUAACGAUGAAGAAGAAACACAAUUUCGCUUCGGGGCGAAGGAAAUCUCUCUCACUCCAAAGCAUCGCACGUUAAGCAUCGUGUUUGAAGCUAGAAUAGUACAAUAGAUGAACAGAAGAACGAAAAGCGUGGCAAUUUACACUUCUUUCUGCCAAUGAAAGGAGAGAAUUGAAUGAAUUUUCACCAACUACAACCAAACAGAGAGAUCUCACCAAAAAUUUCUCAAAAGUAUCAUCAUGAAUUAAGUUUUAGGCAAGCUGAAUCUCAGUAGUAUUUUUAUCCCCACCUAGUAUAUGUUUUGCAUUUCUUCACUUUUUACAAUAAGUUGGUAUUCUCAUGUUAUUUUGAUGAUUUUCACCGGAUGAAAUACAUAAUAUAUUUACCACGUGCCGUUCUCUCACUACACUGUUAUAUUUCUCAGCCAAAGCCGCAGAUGGCGAUUUCUUCAUUAUUAAAAUGCGACUUAUUUUAGCAUCAUGUUUAAAACACUCAAUAAAACAAGAUUCCAGCGUUGCUUGAACUUUAAUGAAAGUUUUCAUUUGGCCCUUCGAGGCUCCUACCAAGUAUAGAUUUGUUUAACUAACCUAAAAUCUCCUCAUGUCUCUUGCUGAGAUUUUCUAAUUUGAAUGGUUUAUUAAUCAUGCAAUACUUACGCAAGAGAGUUUUUGUGCCUAACCUCAGCGUCUGUAUUAUAAUUAUAAUCUUUGGAAUUUAUAGAAAUUCGGAAAUGUCACCAGUACCUUUGUCAGGUAUGAAAUAAACUUCCCAACAUCUCACCAAAACUUUGCCGUGAGAAAUGGUAAUUAAACAGUUCUUAGAAGUAAUGUAGAUGUAUUUCCUGUAUUCAAUUCUUAGGACUGUGAGGAAACUACAAAUUUUUUUAGUUUCUUUACGUCUGAGAAAAAGGAUAGUUUUGCUGUAAAGGUUCGACCUGCGUCGUUUCCUCAGUUAUUUUCCAGUGUUUCAAACACCCUAUUUAUCUUUACGAAGGGUUAUUGUUAUGGCUUUGUAUUGUAAAGAAGAAAACGUUUUAUUUCUAGUUUUGAUUUCAAGCUGUUUCCGAAGCACUUGCCAUGAUUUAUAACACAGCGUGAAAUGUUUAUCUUGGAAUUGAACCUCCCCAACCACUUUCCACAUUUCCUCUAAGCUAUUGUCAUUAUCAAAACAGGAAAUCGCGCCCAACCGUGCGUUAAAUUGCAGGAGAUCUUCUUUGAAUAUUUAUCCUAGAGAAACAUAUCUUUGUUUGCACUUGAGGAAAAAAUUGAAGUGACAGAUUUUUUUUCUUUCCUUUUUUUGUUUCAUGUAGGAGAUUCAGUUUACAAGUUCAGCCAUGACCGUGUGAAAAGCAACGUCGUUCCAGGCAGAUUAAAGUGUACGCUUUGCAGACGAGGAUUUAACUCUCGAAGCAAUUUGCGCUCGCACAUGCGCAUUCACACCCUAGAGAAACCGUUUCAGUGCAAGUACUGUAAGAAGUCUUUCUCGCAAUCUUCGACCCUUCGGAACCACACCAGGCUUCACACAGGAGAGAAACCGUACAAGUGCAAUGUGUGUCACUUCGCUUACUCGCAGCUUGCGGGAUUGCGGGCUCAUCAAAAAUCUGCUAGGCAUAGGCCUUUGCACGAGGCUGCAAAAGUAGCAGCCCAGAAACAGCAAAGUCUUCUUGAAGAGACAAGUCAUAUGGAACAUUCACCAGACUCUUGCAAAUUAGAAAACGCGACUCCAUAGUUAAGAAUUGUGCUUUUUCGGAAUAUGCUACUUAAUUACGAAGGAAACUGUAGAACGCCACAUCACUGUUAGGCGGUCUUCUUCAACAUACUGAAAGCAAACAUACGGCUUUGUUCAUCAAUCUCCUUAAGUGCUCAUCCCAAUACUUGAAGAUUAUCUGAAGCAAAAAGAAGAGCUCAUUCUUAAUUACGCUGAAAAUAAAAAGUUGUAGGACUGAGUGCCUUAAAACUGACUUUUAAAAUGGAUUAUCAUAUUUGAUACCUAUCCAUGCAGCAGAGGACAUUUUGGAACCUUACUGUACCUAGUUUCCGCCGUGAAAUAUUAUUAAUUUUCGUUUUUAACUGGUUGGCCGUUAAUGAGGGCAAAUCAGUAAAAAUCGUGGUCAAAAAAGUACUUCAGCGCUUUAAAGUUGUAUAUAAUGUAAAUAUGAUUUUGUAAAAAUAAAAUUUGCUAGAAAGCUUUAAUGUGCAUUCAGUGUAAAAUGUUUAUAGCCCGCUUCCAUUUGAGCUGUCAAUGUAAUUGACAUGAGCUGCUAGUUUCAAACAUAUGAGUUGACACCAGUUUACUCAAGUACCGUUUUAUAGGAAAUAAAAAGAC